AUGGGAGAACGUAAGGUGAUCAACAAAUACUAUCCACCGGAUUUCGAUCCCUCGUUGAUCCCGCGAGGCAAGAAACCGAAGAAUGAUCAGCAGACGGUGCGAAUGAUGAUGCCGAUGAGCGUCCGCUGCCUCGUGUGCGGAGAGUACCUCUAUCGAGGCAAGAAGUUCAACGCCAAGAAGGAGACAGUGGCGGGGGAGGAGUACCUGGGCAUCAAGAUCUUCCGCUUCUACAUGAAAUGCACGCGAUGCAAGGGCGAAUUUACGAUUAAGACGGAUCCAGAGAGGGCUGACUACAUCGCCGAGCUCAACGUCUCUCGAAACUUCGAACCCUGGCGCAACACCGAGAGCCAGAUCGAGGAGCAGAAGGAGAAGCGCAAGCUCGAGGAGGAGGGCGACGUGAUGAAGCAGCUGGAGAACAAAACGACCGAUUCCAAGGUGGAGCUCGACAUCCUCGACGCCUUGGCCGACAUCAAGAGCUUGAACACGCGCAACGCCAAGCUCGACCUGGACAAGCUGAUCGAGGAGCGCGCCAAGGAGGAUCGGCAGAGGGAGCUCGACGAGGAGGAACACCUCGUGCAGACCCUCUUUCGCAGCGAGCACGUCAAGCGACUCGACGAUGACGGGGACGACGAUGCCGACCCCUUCAGCAGCAGCAGCAAGCCUCUCGACCCCGCCGUAGUGGCCCCUCUGGCUCCCACGCUUCGACCCACGGCAGCACCGCUCGCGCAGGCCGAGGACGCCAAGAAGAAGCGAAAGGCGCCCUUCCCCUUCGUCCCACUCGUGGUCAAGCCCAAGGCCGGAGCGGUGGUGAAGAAGGUCAAGGUGGAGCCACCACCCUCUCCAUCCGUGCCGGCGGCCUCCCGUGGCGUCAAGGUCGAGAACGGCGGCGGCGCCGAUUCCGAGAGCGAUGGCGAAGGCCCGGGCGGCGGACUGUUGGGUCUCGACUACUGA